UGUUUUCUUGAACAAUAUUUUUUAUAUUUUACAAUUAAAUUAAAAUAUUUACCCAUGAAAAUGGAAGGCGAGACUGUAUAUUUAAAGAAAAAUUUAACUGAAUGGCGAUUUAGUCAAUAUCCUAAAUAUAUAUUGUUACCUAUUGACGAAAAUCAUAAUCAAAAUAUAUCAAAUACAAAAAAUGUCGUAUUUUCCGAGGUGACACCGCGGCCACUUGAACGUAAUAUUCAGUUAGUAUGUGUAUCCGAGGACGCUUUGAUGAACAUUCUAGAUAUGGAUCCAGAUAUAGUCAAUAGGGAGGAGUUUGCUGAAUUCGUUGCUGGCCAAAAACUGCCGUAUGGAGCUUUGCCUGUGGCUCAUAGAUAUGGCGGUCACCAAUAUGGAUCCUGGGCGGGACAAUUAGGAGAUGGAAGGGCUCAUAUUCUUGGAGAAUACGUAAAUAGUCAGGGAGACCGAUGGCAGAUCCAGCUGAAGGGCUCCGGUCAGACUCCAUACUCUCGCAUCCAUGAUGGACGGGCUGUUCUUCGUUCUGCCAUCAGGGAAAUGAUUGGAUGCGAAGCUUGUCACUUUCUUGGUAUACCCACUACAAGAGCGGCUGGUUUAGUUGUCAGCGACGAAACAGUGAUCCGAGAUAUGUAUUACAAUGGCAACCCUCGGAGAGAGCGAGCAGCGGUAAUGCUGCGACUGGCACCCAGCUGGUUCCGCUUUGGUUCUCUUGAGAUUCUCUCAAAGAAUGGAGAGGUGGCUGUGUUGAGGCAACUCUCUGAUUUUAUCAUCAAGGAAUACUUUCCAGACAUACACUUGAGCGAUGAGAAUCGGUUUAUCAGAUUAUUUUCUGAGAUCGCACACAGGACUUUAGAUCUUGUUGCCAAAUGGCAAGCAGGUUUAGGAUUUACACAUGGCCUACUAAAUACUGACAAUAUGAGCUUACUUGGCCUUGCUAUAGACUACGGCCCAUUUGGUUUCGUUGACUCUUACGAUGGUGGUUUUGUAGCCAACUGUUCUGAUGGCGAAGGAAAAUAUGCAUUGGGGAAACAACCUGAUGUUGUUAUAUGGAAUGUGGGACAACUAGCUAACGCUCUGAAGCCUCUAUUGACCUCAUCUCAGCAAGGACAUAUGUCACAUAUAUUAAAGACUUUGGAUACAUACUGCAAAAACAAAAUAUUGGAAACAUUUUUGAUGAAAGUCGGCCUAAAAGAAGAGCGUUGGGGAGAUGAGCAAUUGGUAGAGAAGUUGCUUGAUAUGAUGCAGCAGACAGGAGCUGAUUUCACAUCAACGUUUAGACAACUAGCUGAAUUAGAACCAAGCGAGAUGGUGCAUGAGGGUAAAUUAGAAGACAAGUGGUCAUUAAAGCGUCUGUCUUCUCAUCCAUCAUGGGGAUGCUGGCUUGAUCAAUAUCGGGAGAGACUUGAUAAAGAAGCUGUGGAUGCCAAUUCACUGGGUUUGUUCGAAGAUGAGCGGCGCAGGCGCAUGUGCAGUGUAAAUCCCGUAUAUGUGCCGCGAAACUGGCUUUUACAGGAGGCUAUAGCUGAUGCAGAAAAAGAUGAUUUUCAGAAGGUGAGAUUCUUAUUGGAAACCAUGAGGAACCCUUAUGAAGUACAACCGGAAGCUGAAAGACGGGGGUUUUCAGCACAACCUCCUCAGUGGGCUUUCGCCUUGAAGAUCAGUUGUUCUACUUAGGAACAUCUAUCUGUAUAAAAAUUAUAAACUAUAAUUGUCA